AUGCCGCGGCUGUCAGUUCUCAGUGCGGCCAGCAAGGUUGCUGGUCGUGGCAGCACGACAGACCGGCACGUAGGUAGUCGUUGCUUUUUGUAUAGGAAGCGCAUUUGUAAUUCAUUUUGCAGACGGAUUGUUGGGAGUUUUUGUGUAAGCUACCUGGUGUCGAACUUGUACCCUGUUUCAUUUUUUGUACCAACGAAAACUUUUACCCGUGCCUCCCUCACCUCUUGUUCACACGUAACGUCUCAGGAGAUCAGCAUGUCACCAUGGAUUAAACAGAUCUGCCUUGUUCUUGUGGCAGUUUUCAUGUUGCACACUACAACAGAGUCAAAGAAAGAUGAAGUAUUGUACUGUUCAGCCUGCAUGGCGAUUGCAGAGGAGCUGAACUAUUCAAUCAGUCAAACUGAUCCAAAAAAGAUGGCUCAUGUUGGUGGAUUCAGACUUAAACCUGAUGGAAGUCUUACAGACAAAAAGGUCCCUCUGGCUAGGUCCGAAACUUACUUAACUGAACUGCUGGACGAAGUUUGCAAUAGCAUGAGCGAUUAUGCUCUCUAUGAGGACCCGGACACCAAAGAAAAGAGCUACAAGAGAUUUGCACCGAGAGCAAAUGAUGGCGGGAAUUUUCCGGAUUUCAAAAAUUUUAAGUUUGAUGGACCAGAGAGUUCCAGUGCCUUGAAGUUUGCUUGUGAAAGCAUUGUGGAGGAGCUGGAAGAUGAUAUCAUCUCUCUCUUCACCAGUGAGGCAGACCAUGUGGCUAAGACGCUGUGUAGUGAAGUCUCAGGUCACUGUAAGAGCUCUGUUUUCCAGCACAGCGAACUUUAAUUUCAGAUUAGCGUCUGCUGAAGAACACUCAAAAACCUGGACCAAAAAUGAAGACCUCAAAUAUAUUUUCCUAGAGUAUGUUGUUUUGAAUUUUUUAGUAAUUUAAAAGUAUGAUAAUUGAAAUUAUUUGACGUUAUUAAAGCGUAUUACAGCUGCUUUCACUGUUGAUUAGUGGACAUGCUCUUCCUGUGUUACCUUUAUAUAAAAACUACUGAAACUGCAUAUUGAUACUGAUUUUAUUCUGAUGACUUGUAAUUUACAUGUUUAAUUCCAUAGUUCUUUUUAACCUUGUCAUGGCAUUAACUGUGGUAUUACCAGUGUGAUUUAUGAAACGUUUACCCUUGAUAAAAGAAAAUAAAAUAUUUCAAG